AUGGAUCGGCGCCUGAGCUUGCAGCUGCGCGCCGAGUCCUCAACGGAUGAAUUCCUUGAUCUUAUUCAGAAUCCUUUCAAGUCUUCCUUCAAUUCCAGCUCUAUCUGGGCUUCACUUGCCACUUCGCUCGGUGUCUCCGUCGUCCUCGCUCUCCUCUUCUCUCUCUUUCGUCCCCGUCACUCGCUCGUCUACGCUCCCAAAGUCAAACAUGCAGACCAAAAACAUGCCCCGCCCCCGGUGGGCAAGGGCUUCUUCUCCUGGUUUAAACCCGUCAUCAAAACGCGCGAGGAUCAUCUGGUAGAAACCAUCGGACUGGAUGCUGUCAUAUUCUUGCGCUUCUCUAAGAUGUGUCGCAAUAUCUUCAUCUUCAUGAGCAUUGGCUGCAUCGUUAUGAUUCCGGUGAAUUUCGCAGAAAGCAAAAAGAAUAAGAACAUCUCAGACCUGUCCGUCUUUGACUUGAUGACCCCUCUCAAUGUGACCACAACACCACCAAUUUGGAGCCAGGUCGCAUGUGCUUGGGCUUUUGACAUGGUCAUCGCAUAUUUUCUUUGGAGGAACUACAAAGCUGUACGGGCUCUACGAAGGAAAUAUUUCCAGAGUUCAGAUUACCAACGUAGUCUGCAUGCGCGAACCCUCAUGGUCACCGAUAUCCCAGCACCUGACCGCUCUGAUGAGGGUAUCCUUCGACUUACCGAUCAAGUGAAUCCCACAGCUGCCUUACCUCGUGCUGCUAUUGGGCGUAACGUGAAGGACUUACCGUCUAUCAUCACGGAACAUGAAGACGCGGUGCGGCAAUUAGAGUCCAUACUUGCCAAAUACCUCAGACGACCCGAUCAUUUGCCUGCGAAACGUCCUCGCAUUCGCCCACCCCGAAGUCAACGCAGCAAGCACCCUGAUGGAAAAGUGGAUGCGAUUGAUUACUUGACGGUGCGCAUUCGCGUUUUAGAGGAACAAAUCAAGCACGGUAGAGCGUCCAUCGAUCGUCGUGAUGCUAUGCCAUAUGGGUUUGCCAGUUGGGAAAACAUCGAACAGGCGCAUGCAGUUGCCUGGACAGCUCGCAAGAAACACCCCAAGGGUACUACCAUCAGACUCGCCCCUCGACCUAGCGACCUUAUCUGGGAGAAUCUGCCUCUUUCCAAGGCUUCUCUGAAAUGGAAGCGAUUUGCCAACUUUAUUUGGGUUACUGCGCUAACUCUGGUCUGGAUUGUUCCUAACGGUCUCAUUGCCAUUUUCUUGUCCAGCUUGUCCAAUUUGGGCCUCGUUUGGCCAGCUUUCCAAACCCAGCUGGAGGCCAACCCUCACGUAUGGGCUGCUAUCCAGGGUAUUGCGUCCCCUGCAAUCACCUCCCUCGUCUAUCUGGUUCUUCCGACUAUCUUCCGACGCCUGUCAAUCAAAAGCGGUGCCAAAACGAAGACUUCUCGAGAUCGAAAGGUCAUGGGUCAACUGUAUGCAUUCUUUGUCUUCAAUAACCUCAUUGUCUUCUCUCUCUUUUCCGCUGCUUGGAAUUUCGUCACAGCUGUGAUUGAGGAUACCAACGAAAACAACGAAAAUGCUUGGCAGGCCAUUAUCGAUAGUCAACUUUAUGAUAAGCUGAUUACUGCGCUGUGCAAUGUGUCAACCUUUUGGGUGACAUAUCUCCUUCAGCGAAAUCUCGGUGCUACUAUCGACCUUCUCCAAAUGGUCAGCUUGGCUUGGGUUUGGUUCUCCAGGACCUUCCUUUCGCCAACCCCACGCCAAGCUAUUGAGUGGACUGCGCCUCCUCCAUUUGACUACGCUAGUUACUACAAUUACUUCCUCUUCUAUGCUACUGUUGCCAUGUGCUUCGCCACAUUACAGCCAAUUGUCUUGCCUAUAACCGCGUUGUACUUUGGUGUUGAUGCCAUCUUGAAGAAGUAUCUGCUUAUGUACAUCUUUGUGACUAAGAACGAGUCUGCUGGCUCAUUCUGGCGCGUGAUCUUUGACCGCAUGAUCUUUGCCACUAUUCUCUCGAAUUUCAUCAUCGCCUUGGUCGCUUUGUCGAGGGGAACCUGGACUAUGGUGUAUUGCGUCGCUCCUCUGCCAUUCUUGCUGUUGGGCUUCAAGUAUUAUUGUUACCGCACAUUCGACCCAGACUGCGAGUACUAUAAUCGCGCCAACCUGACCGAUGCCGAGGCUCUCGGUGCUUCAAAGUCUAGCAAGAGGGCAGGAGAACGCCUCAGCUCCAAAUUUGGCCACCCAGCCCUUUACAAGCCGCUAUUGACCCCUAUGGUUCAUGGUCGUGCUGCCGAGGCACUCAAGCAAAUCUACCAGGGUCGCUUGGAUGGCGGCGAUAUGGAGGGGGAAUAUUCCGAUAUCGCCAUGAAUCCCAUGAUGUCGUCCCAACCCGGCAAGGCUGCCGACCCGUCUCCAUUCGAAGUUGUCCCAGAGAAUCAUCUGGACUUCUCAUACUUCAAGGAUCGCCCGGACUUCCGCGAAGAAUUUGGCGGAGGCAUCUAUGGCCGCCCAGAAGACUUGAUGACAGAACGUUCCCAGACACCACGCAGUACCUUGGGUGCGGAGUGGUCUCCCAGUUCCUCACGUGCUUCCUCCCCCGUCCCUUCUCUGCCAUCCAUGACCGCUUUAAAAUUAAACGAAGGCUACGAACAUUCCGAAUCUGGUGGACUUGUUCAUCCGGCCUUCCGUGUUCCGCUCUCACGCGGUGACAGCGGCAACAGCCUCAGCGGAGGCAUGUACCAACACUCCAAUGAAAGCGAGACAAGACUUCUCAGCAGCGCGCAAACGCCAGCUCAAGUUGAUGCUAAUCCGCUUGACCGGUGGCGUGCAGGAGGCAGCGGCUACGGCCCUCUCGGACAACAAGAGCACGAGCACGGGCACGAGGUUGACCCGUACUCCUAUACAUCAUAUGAUGCGUAUAGGGCGCCACGGUAA